GCUACAGACGAAGACUCAGGAAAAAACGGAGUCGUCACAUUCGACAUCCUGCAAGCGAAUUUUGUCUCCAAUGAUGGGGUCAAGACCCCUGUUCAGGUCUUUGAGGUCUCCACCUCAGGGGACACCAGCCCAUUCACUGGCAGCAUCGAGCUGAGGACCAGCCUUGAUUCCACUGUACAAGGCACAUACCAGGUGACAGUCCAAGCCAAGGACAAUCCUUACAUAGGUCCUGCACUGGAAGCCCAAAUCACCUUGAAUCUCUUCACUGUGGACCAGAGUUACCGUGUGAGGCUGCAGUUUUCCACCACCAAGGACGAUGUGGCUGCCAGUAUGGAGGAGAUUAGAGCGGCUCUUAUCCAGGCAACCAGGACUACUAUGUAUGUUGUGACUAUCCAGAACAUAGACUCUAUGGCUCGGGCACGAGCCUACUCUUACCUCGAUGCCUACUUUGUCUUCCCCAAUGGGACAGCCCUGAUGCUUACUGAGCUGAAUAUGAUGAUCCGGAAAGACCAGGACUCACUGAGGCAGCUGCUGCAGCUGGGGCUGGUGGUGGUGAGCUCCCAGGAAAGCCAGGACUCUGACCAGCAGAAGCAGCUCAUCAGUGUCAUCAUAGGACUGGUAGUGGCGUUGGCGCUGGUCCUAGUGAUCAUGGUUGUGGCCCUUGGGUGUUUGCGGAAGAGCUAUAAUAGGAAGCUUCGAGCUGUGAAGGCUAGCAAGGAGGCCCAAAAGACAGCUGAGGGGGUGACAUCCUCACCUGCUGCUAUCCCUGGGACUAACAUGUACAAGACCGAGCGGGCCAACCCCGUGCUGAACCUUCACCCCGAAGAAUUGGGAGUGGAGUGCCUCUCCUCCUCCAGUGACUUGGACUAUGUCAG